GACAGCAGUCCACCCAUGCAUGUCCCUGAUUUUAGCCAACCGCUGGGAAUCUCCCUCGAAGUAAACAACUGUCAUAGCGUUGUUAUUGCUUACGUGGCUAGAUUUCUGCAAAACAGCUUGUGACAUCUGUGUGUCGGCACUCUUUACUGAGGCAAGGAUGGAGUGUCUGUCGUUCUUCGACAUGUGUGUUGUGUUUCUUAUAUUAACAAGCAUCUUGCUCUACAUUUACGGAAUUUGGCCGUACGGAGUCUGGAAAUCAUUGGGAGUAGAUGGACCCCAACCGUUACCUUUCCUUGGUAAUCAUUAUCAACUGACUGCAGAGGGAAAUGAACAAUGUGUUCGAAAGUGGUCUAAUGUGUAUGGUCGCACAUUUGGAAUCUAUGUAGGGCGUCGGCCGAUGCUGGUAACCACUGACCUUGACAUAUUGAAAGAAGUGCUUGUGAAAUAUUUCAACAUAUUUACAGACAGAUUUGAAAAGUUUGAGAUUUUUCCAGACGAAAUUCGGGCGAUGCUUUCCGUGGCAGGCGGUGAACAAUGGGAAAGAAUCCGACACCUACUGACACCUACCUUCAGCACCGGAAAGUUGAAGCUGAUGGAGCAUCAUUUCCAUCGUUGCAGCGCUCAGCUAACCACUAACAUCAAGGAGGCUGCUGGGAAAGGGCAAAAGAUCGAUGUUAGAAAGUACUUUGCGGGCUACACCUUGGACGUGAUAGCAGCGACAUCGUUCGGAAUUGAAGUCAAUUCCCAGAAAGACCUCGACAAUCCCUUGGCAAAAGAUGUGUCCACCAUUUUACAAGACAUCGCCAGUUCCGAGGGAUUGUUGAUGCUUCUUAAAAAUGCUUUUCCAUUUUUAACACCGUUGUUUAAAUUUCUGGGUAUGCACUUCUUUCAACCAAGAGGAUGGAAAUCAUUCCUGAAAAAUCUUCAUUGCAUUAUUCAAGAAAGGAAACGAGAAGGAAAUCAAAAGGAAAAGCCAGACUUCCUUCAGUUAAUCCUUAGUUACGAGGAAGCUCAGAGUUCCGGGAAAGAAGAACUGAAGGUUUUAUCAAGACUUGAAGUCAUUGCACAAGCAACGGUAUUUUUCGUCGCUGGAUACGAAACUACUGCUGCAACCCUGCAGUCCCUGGCAUAUAAUCUGGCGCUGUACCCGGAUGUUCAAGAGAAGAUUGUGCGGGAGUUUGAGGAGCAGCUUGGGGAUGAGUUACCUACCUACGAGGACGUGACUAAACUGAAAUACUUGCACAGCGCUAUCAUGGAGACGCUGCGGAUGUACCCUCCCCUGAAUUCCGUCAACAGAAUGGCAUCUGAAGAGGUCACCAUUAAAGGCAUUACAAUCCCUAAGGGAGCUGGAGUUAUGAUUCCUAUCGCCAAUGUGAUGAAAGACCCGGAGUACUUCCCUGAACCUGACAAGUUCGAUCCUGAACGAUUUUACGAGGGCUCCGUUAACCCCGUCUCCUUCUUGGCAUUCGGGUAUGGCCCUCGUCUGUGUAUUGGCAUGCGUCUGGCUCUGCUGGAGAUGAAGAUUGCGAUGGUGCAUGUGCUUAGGAAAGUCAAGUUUGUCAAGACAGAUGAUCUGCAGGAAAAUCUGAGAACCAAGCCUGGCUCAUUCAUUAGCUUCCCAGCACAAGUCAUUGCAGUUAAGGCCAUAUUGAGAGACAGCCCUGCUGCAUGUUGAACAACGAAAACUAUGUGACUAAAUGCUAGUUAAGAUAUAAGCGUUAUUAGUAAAUGUAUUAUUCAUUAUACAUGUAAGAAUAUGUAAUACUAGGCCUAGAAAAAAUAUUCCAAAGUGUUUCGUAGUGCUUCUGGAUUUAGUUCACGCCAUAUAGUGAUCAGGUCCAAGUUUAUCACCAUCUUGUCAAUUUUGUUUUUGACCCUUGUAUUGCUGUUAUGCUUCGAUUAUUCGAAUUGCGUAUCCCGUAGCAGACGAAUUGUCUGCCCCAAGCACUAAGUUCAUUGCGCCUGAGUUCAAGUUCAGUCUCGCCAACAAUUUACUUGCUCAACAAUUUUCAGCAUUUUCAAGGUGAAGCCUUGUGUAGGUGUGUUGUGUAGGCAGCACACGGCCGUUGAAUACUUUCAAUCAAUCUUCACAUGAGUGAGGACAUGCUAGCAUUUGCUUAAUGCACAACGACUGGAGACAUUCAGGUAUUUUGAGUACAUCAUCAGAGUGUGAGGACAUUGACCCAGGUCAUGUUCGUGGGCAACAUGCCUUUUUCUUCUUGAGAUAAAGCAGGUGGGAUUUUGUCGGCAUAUGAGCAUAGGGGUGUUAUUAGUUUUUACCCUCUACCUUUUAUGUACGCAGUGCCAUGCACUAUCAAACCAGGUAAACCACGUGACGUUUGUGGCGUGCACCAUGGUUGUUCUACGAAGGUCGAGCGUGUGGCACUCAACUUUCAGAGUAUACAAGUGUUUUAUUGUCAUAAGCACUGAUAAAGAGUGAAUGAUCACUUUAUUCUAUAUAUUUCUCUUGGUUACUUUUAACUAGACGGUGAGUUUUAAGAUAGGACAGAAUAUAUUCCUUUCCGUACUUUGUUAGAAUCGUGAAAUCGCCGAGAAUACAACACAGCGUUUAUAGACAUGUCUGGUCUGGUCAACAGGCUAUAAACAGCAAUACUUCAUUUAUCUGAGGUACACAGCAUGCAGGUAUCUAGAUUUUGAGUGAAAUAAAUAGACUAUAAAAUUACAUAAAAUAAUCACGUCAGGCGCGAAUUGUUGAUGCUCUAGUAGUCCUACCUGUAACACGAGUGACAGAUUGUUGUUUAAGUUGUCAAGCAAAAUGUCUUUUCCUUUUUGUUCUCUGCUUACCUGCAGAAAUUUGUCUCAAAAUCAGAAAUAAAAAAGCAGAUUUCUUUUGUGCAUGAUAGAAAUGUAUACGCUUCUGAAAAACAGAAAACGGAAGAUUAUUUAAGGAGAAGCCACACGAACGAAACACGUUUUCUCUCGGCGCAGCUGGAAAAGAUAUCCAGAUACUUUAACACUGCAAGUCUAGUUGCAGCAACCAAAAGCAAAUGAAAAUAAAUACAGGCAAUAUUCAGUACUAGAAACUUUGCAAUGCAAGCAGCGCUGACAAAAAAUAGUUUUAAUGAAUAUCAUUAUCUGUGUUCACAACUUCAAAGUUCACUGAGCCGAGAUGUGAUGCCGAACUUACAGGAAGAUGAAAGAAAUAGCAAAACAGAGAUGUGAAGGUUUCAAGACUCUUAUGGGCUUUGACUUUUGUAACCUGUCUACAACUUCAUGUUGAAAUAAAACAGUCUUUUGCAGUCAA